AUGCAACUGGACAUUGACGAACUGAGACUAACAGAUUUUGUUGAUAUUGCCACAAGCUAUACCAAUAUUGGAUUUGUAUACGCAAAUAUGCACUUAUUUUCACAGUCAUUAAUUAAUCUUGAAAAAGCUUUAGAUAUUCUACUUAAACAAUUACCAGUCAAUCAUCCAGAUAUUGAACAUAUUUAUUUUCUUCGAGGUCAUAUCAAAAGAGCAUUUGAAAGCAUAUCCUACGACACUUGA